GAAGUACCGUUGCAAUUCAGCAUUAGCAUUCAUGGCAACCGAGGCCGACAUACAGCUUCAUUUACCAACUCAGAGAAAGAAGAAACAUAGCGGACAGCUAAAGAAAGAGGAGCUUGAAAGAGAGGUAUGGGUGCGAUUCCAAGUUGAUGUGCUCCGGAAAAUGCUGGAUCAUGAAGAGAAGGUGCAUGAAUUUCUGGGACGAGUGCAACAUCGACAGGAUGGUACGUCAAGUAGUAGUCUUGGUAUCCCAAACUUUCUUCCUCCUAAGAUGAAGGAGCUGCUAGCAGAGUUGGCAAUGGUUGAAAACGAGAUAACUCGUUUAGAAAGCCAAAUCAGCCAGCUCCAAGCUGAGGUGAAGCUCGAGAAGGAAGCUACAGCAGAAUCAAAAUCCAAGCAGCUGAGACAACCUCCUCCAUCCCAGAACAUGAAUCCUGAUCUUGAUCACUUCCCAUCUCUUCCUUCUCAUCCAGAAGAGGGCAACAAAGAGUUGUUGAAGGAGAAGGUGUCGUUCGAAACCAAGGCAUUACAUUUCAUUAGCAAGGCCAUAAAAGGUGAUUACAAUCUCAAUGACUUCAGCAUUAGUGACAAAGCACUGAAUUCAAGAAUCCUUUCUGAUCAAAAGGAAAAUCAAUAUCGAGAGCAAUCUGAUGCACAUCGGAACAAGGGUGGUAAAAAGAGUGGGAUGCUGAUUCCCGCAUCGCCUAUGCGCGAGCCAAGACAACCGACCCCCAGGAGGGAUCGACGUUUGGAAACCUCCUCGGAUCCUCCAUCCAAAAUACCAUCUGCUCCGCAAGACGCAGAAGAGGAGAGCAUCAACAAGUGGGCACCCAACAAAUUAUCCGAGAACAUCGUGAAAUGCCUGCAUUUCAUAUUUGUCAGACUGCUCCGGACAUCAAGAACAAUGGAGUUAGAGAAAUCAGGCCCAAUUUCACGCUCCACAAACUUUUCUUUAAGCUUCAGAGCUGAGCCCAGCUUAAAUUCUAAGGCCAGCCUUCUGCUGCAGAAGGAUUCAAGACAGCAAGAUCCCUAUGGAAUCUUUGACUUGGAAGAGUCCAUUACUAGGGACGUUGGACCGUACAAGAAUUUGGUCAGGUUCACAGCAAACUCCGUCGAUCCCAAAUGCAUCUCCAAUUCAAGCUCCAUUGCUUUGUUUCAGAAGUUAAAGUUGCUAAUGAACAAUCUGCAAAAGGUGGACUUGAAACAUAUGAACUACCAGCAGAAACUGGCUUUCUGGAUCAACAUGUACAAUGCCUCCAUCAUGCAUGCAUUUCUUCAAUACGGAGUCCCCUCUAAUUCUAGCCCUGAAAAACUGUUAUCGCUGCUGAACAAGGCCAAAUUGAGCAUUGGAGGUACUACGGUAACUGCUCGAACAAUUGAACAAUCUAUUCUAAGAAAACCAGAAUCAUCACUUAUAAAAGAGGUCCUAGGACAGGCUGAUAAAAAAGAUAAUACCAAUUUAGAAUCUAAAGUUCGAGAACGUUACGGGCUCGAGCCGGCUGAUCCAAAUGUCACCUUUGCUUUGUGCUGUGGAACACGUUCUUCUCCUGCUGUAAAGAUAUAUACAGCUGAAGGGGUGAUGGCUGAGUUAGAGAAGUCUAAGCUAGAGUAUCUUCAAGCUUCAAUAAUUGUAACGGGCACCAAAAGAAUUGCGAUUCCAGAGCAUCUGCUUCGUCACAUGCAUGAUUUUGCCCAGGACGUGGAGUCAUUGAUUGAGUGGGUUUGCCACCAGUUGCCUACAUCUGGUUCGCUCAGAAAAUCCAUGGUCGAUUGCUUUAGGGGUAUUCCUGUGGGAAAGGCCUCCACUAUUAUAGAUAAGAUACCAUAUGAUUUCGAAUUCCAGUAUCUCUUGGCAAUAUGAAUUUAGGGCCAUCUUGCAGCGCUAUUGUGUAAUUACCUGGUGGAAAGUUUCUUGGGAGAUGUAAAUGGUUACUAGUCAUUCGUUUGGUCUUUAUUAAAAUGCUACAGAAGAAGCAUUGCUCCUGUCAAAACUCAAACGGGGGGAAAGGGUUAUAAGAAGAAUUUGUGGAGAAUUAACUAUUAUCAGUGGUCAAGAUCCUAUGCUUUAGUUCUCCUACCCAUUAAUUCUUGCGUUUUAAUUUCUUAUUUCAAAUUUCAAGCUUCCUACUUGCUCCUUCAGACAAGAAAUUAUCAAUGGAAG